CAUGCAAGUUUCGCUUUCGUAUUCGUAUCAGCACAAUCAGCAGGUUAUAAGUUCAAUUUUAGAUUUAGUGAUAAUUAUUCUUAUAAAAUUGUAAUUAUAAGUAGCUACAGAACUCAGUAAAAAUGGAAUUUCGACCGAACAAGCAAUCUAUGAUCUCCAGAUCCGUGAGAGCUGAAACAAGAAGCCGUGCCAAAGAUGACAUCAAGAGGGUUAUGCAGGUUAUCGACAAAGUUCGACAUUGGGAGAAAAAAUGGGUAACAAUUGGAGAAACAACCAUGAAAAUCUACAAGUGGGUACCUGUUCUCGGCGCAGGUCAAGCUGAUCAGAAAAAGAAACCGAAGAGUGAACAAACUACUAAUUGCAAUAACAAAGAAAACUCAAUCGGGAAAAGAUCUCUCGAGUCGUCCAACUCAAAUUUCGGGUUAACGGAAGAUUCCAAUACCUGUUUUUCGACUGUUAGUGACUCUCAAGGCCCUACAGAAUUCUCCUCAAACAUUGGAUUUUCAGACGACUCCAAUUCACAAGGCAGCGAACCGGUUUCGAAACGGUUGAAAACCAACGACUAAUUAGCUCUCUUUACUCAUCGCAGGCUGUAAAUAAUGGCGUAAACUCUAGAGUUCUUUAUUAUUUGUGUAAAGUUUUUUAUCCAUUCUUUUGUUGUUUUUAGAAUCUAUUGUGUACUUAUUAUGUGGACUGAGUGAUUUGAAUCCUUAAUAUUUCGUCCUCCAGUUGAUUUUUCUACCUAUUUUCUUGGGUCAUUCCUAGAAAGGCACAGUAUUGGGUCAAGUGCUGCAACUAGUUGAACGUAAUUGAACAGCUUUAAAUUUUUAAAGCGAUUAUACAAGCAUGUUAGGUAUACUUUGAUGGAUUUAUUACAUUCUGAAGAUACAGGGUGAUUCAAAAGUCCCGCACCACCCCUAUAAUUUUUAGGGUUGUCGCCCCUUUUAAGGAUGACCCUCCUAUAAUUUUAGGGGGCCUCAAAAGUCGUUUUUUUUUUAUCUCAGAGCGUUCGUAAAAUGUCAAAUCUCUAUCUCAAAGUGUACAAAAGUAACAGAGGCGAUGCUGGGUGCUAACAGUGGGGGACUUUUGGAUCAUCCUGUAGAUGAGCUCAUGAAUUAUAAUGUACAAGUUCUGAUGCCAUCAAGCGGAAGUGAUCCCACUCCGUUGGGAAGUUUCAGAUUCUCCUGUCGUAUUUUACUUUUUUGAAAGCGCAACCAUGCAACAUCAUUGGUUAAAGUUUUUUUGAGAAUAAUGUUCUUAGGGAAAAUAAAAAUCACAGUAAAUUUUAACCAAUAUAUCACAAUUUUUAAUUGAAAAAAAAAAAAAAAAUAGGAGAAACAAGUCUAUUGCAAGCAAGAGAUACAGCCAAGCAAAUAGACUUUCCUUGGGUAAAAUAGCACAAAAAUUAUGAUGGGCACAUCUAGAAAGUUCUAAAUCCACUCCUUAGCAUAGAAUCUACAUAUUAUGUAACAUGCUUUUUCAAAUUCCUGCACUCGAACAGCAAUUCCCUGUCGCUGGCGAUCAGGUUUGCAUAGACAAAGGAGCAUGAUAACCGAACCUGAAAAAAAAAAAAAAAAACCAUUUCUUAAACUUUUUCAAGUGUAUGAUUUCAAUAGUUUUCAAGCGUUUGUUUCCUUCCCUCUUUCUUUGUUUAACAAAAACAAAAACUUUGAAUCAAUUGAAAUCUUACUUAAGAAAGUUUCCAACAGUUUGUGAGAUUAUUUCUCUACGUAGGUCAGGUUUUCGUGAGUCCUUCUCUGUGCUAACCUGUCUGCCGGCCUAUAAGAAAAUCUGCCAGCAGGCGUAGUAAACUUGAAAAAGCUAGUCACAAGCUUCGCAGAUUGCAGGGUAAGGAGUGGAUUUCAGAUUUUUUUGCUAUACCCAAUGUGACUUAUGUGCAAUUUUGCCCAUAAAACAUCUGUUUAAUUGAUUGUAACUCUCGCAUGCAACAGACUCAUUCCAUAAGCCUGCAACGCAGUCUGAUCACCUUUGCGUUUUGACAUUUGUUCCUUGAUUUAAUUGAGAUUUUCAUCAGAAAUUCCUUUUGUAGCACUUGUGAUAGCAAAUGAUGGAUCAGUGGCUGAAUCUUAUUGGCAGAUUAAAAAUUAAUGAUAAUAUCCUGUCAAACGACAAGUUUCUAUAUGACCUUUUAAUAAAGAUAUUGCCUACGAAGAACAAUUGAUUACAUAGUUGUGCAUCUAAAAAGGUCUCUUUCACUUUGAUCGUAUAAGUGAUGUACGUGAAGCAACUAGGGCAAAUCCUGUUCAUCGGUGAUCGAUGAAAUCAAGGUCAAAGAAACCAUUUUAUGCACUAAAUGGCAAAGCACAUAUUCACCGUAUUUUACCUGUUGUAUAUAUAUCUAUUAAUACAAGGUGUAGAAACUUAAUAAGACGAUUAUUUUUUUUUUCUUGUCUCUAAAAUCCAGCCAUUGAAAAUGAUUUUGUGCUGUUCAGAACUGACCUUAAACUGACUUGAUCGAGGAAUAAUGCAAAAAGUAGUUCUAUACUAAGCUGCUAGGCACAGUUACAAGUCCCCUCAAUUUUUUCAAGGGGCCAAUGUCGAGCCAUAAUAUUAGUCAUUUGAGCCAGUCAGUCUGUAAAACCUGGUUGUGUGUGGAAGGUGCUCAGUAGAAAUCAUGACCUUAUAUUAAAAAUGAAUCCAAGAUGAAGGUUUUAAGGAGGUGCUAACUGCGUGUAAAAUUUUAAUCAUAGCUGAGGUAUCAUGUCUCGUAAGUUUUUAAGCCUGAUUUAACCAACUUGUAGAGGUUAUUAUUCCAGCUGAGCUGCUGGUGGACCAAAUAUUGAGUUAUGUAAUAGAUUCAACAGAUGUAGCUCUCUGAACUUUGCUGCAUGCACCUAUAAUUUUUCAUUACUACCUAAUCAGUCCUAGAUAAUACUGCAAGCAAAGCGCUCAAAUUCAUGUUUUCAUUUUUUAUUUAUUUAUUUAUUUUAAGUGUAUUUUCUGAAAGAAAUACAGUCUAACUUCAAUUAUCCAGUGAUUCGUGGUAGAGACCUGUGUAGGAUACUGACAACGCCCCGUAAUAAAAAAAUUCAUAGCGUAUGUUAGAAAAAAUGGGGAAAAAGUGCAAAAACUGACUGUAAAAUCGAAAAAAUGUCCUUAAAGAUUAUGAUUUUGAUCCUCAGAUGUCCACCUGUAUGACUGAAGCGUCGUUAAACGAAGUUCGACUGAACACUUUCGCGUUCUCCCUCAUUGUGGGACCUAGACCUAGGAUCAUAUGAAGAGUCGAUCUCAAGUUGUAGAACAUGAAUGUAUUUUUACACCCGUAGGAUAUUAUUUUCUUGAAAUACAUUGUAGUAAUGUUAAUUGGAAGCCGAAAGACUCCGGACAGUAGAUAAAAUUCAAGUUCCUAGUCUAGUCUAGAGAAAUUUGAAUUGCCCCUGUUUGGCAAUCCCAUUUUCAAAUUCUUUACCAAUUUAAUCUUUCUGUUUGCACGUCUCUCGUUUACAGUCCAUGUAACCAAUUCUAGGAAUUGUGAGCAGAACGGUUAAACUCGGAGAAACUUUAGAAACUUAUUUUAGCGAAGGAUUGACUUUCGACUAUUGACCUUGCCAGGCUUAGAAAACAUCAAUGUUCCUCUCUGUCAAGAAAGUGAAUAAUGAUAAGAGUAUCUUGUCCUGUCCAGAAUACCUUUGUUGCUUCUCUCAUGUAUUCCUAAAGGUCAGUUUAAAUUUUACCCUCAGUGAGCUGUUGUUACAUUGACCAUGUUCAGCAAGGACCGCACAAUUCCACAUGGCAUUUUUCAAUUUUUACUUGGAAGGUAUUUCAAGCCUCAUCAUAAGUUUUACAUUUUUGCAUUCCAUAUUUUUGGCAUUUUUUAUCCUUCCACAAGGAAAUUAUCGAUAGCUUAAAUUAAAAUGUAUGUAUCUGAGAUCACUAUGUUGUAAGUCUCUGCUUGUCUUUUGUUUUUUCAAAGCAAUACAAACCAAACAUUUUUACUGAAGUGAAUUUUUUUCACUCAUUCUAAAAAAAAUCAUUGGUUCUCCUUAAAGAAAAUUAAACAUAAUUGGAGAUUUUUAAUCGUUUCAAUCGAGGUAUGCCUUUUUUGCAUUGAUAUCUAAGAAAUCUUGAAAUUAACUUAGCCACUGUGAUCACAGGAAAAAAAAUAUGUGUAAAACGGAGUUACAUAAGUGGUUCUUGCUAAGCAUGCCAAUGCUUCCUAAGAGAGGGAGAGUUUUUGCAUUUUUCUAUUUCAUAAUAUCCCUUAACAUUAAUGCUGAUGCUCAAUAUUUUACCUUGCAUCACAAAAGAGCAAUUUUCGGAGACUUGUUCAGCCUCUGCGCUCAGUAAAAUAAAAUAAGAGGGUAAUUAUGAAAUAUUUAUGAAUAGAUUCAUUCACAUUACACGCUAACAGUAAAGUGUGCAAAGUUUAAUAGUAUUUUUUACGAGGACUCAAAUCAAGUCCUGCAAAGUUUUGACUUUCAUCAGGUGCAAAAUGUAUAAUGAUAGUAUUAGUCUAAUGAAAAUAGAUACCUCGAAAAAUGUUUUUUUGAUCUAUUAUAUUGCUAGACCGAGAGAAUUUUGUUACCACUAAAAGUUGUGAAGCAUUCUGACAACCGCACAUUUUUGUUCUAGAUCAAGUUUGCUCAAGUCCAUUGGAUAGUUAGUCAAAUGAAGGGCAUAUAGAACCAAACAGAUUAUUGGCAUUUAAAAUUUCUCACUUUUUGGGUCUACUUAAUUUAUUAGAAGGAAAACCGGUUAUUUUUUCCAAUGAUUUUUUAAGAGAAAAAAAAUCAGCGAAAAUUUUAAAAUACACUUGUGCAAAGUUAAGCAAAACUGACACAUCUACAUUGCCAUGUUUCAAAAUCUCAUCCCCUAUUUUCAUUUCUUGGAAGGAAAGCAACAAAAGUUUUUGCUUUAAAUUUUGUGCAAAUAGGUAAUCUUUAUCUGGGCAAGAAAAAUUAAGACCAAGUUCGAAUGGAGAUGUUAGUUGGUUUCCUUUCAAAAACUUUAAAAAGGAAAUGAGGGUUUGAAACACCGCAAUGGAGAUGCAACUUUUCUGCUUGACUUUAUCCAUUUGAAACCCUACAGAUGAUUUGCCCUUGCUCCAUUUAUUAGAAGAAAAAUCAGAGACUUUUUUCAAUUAUUUUUCCAAGAGAAGGGAAAAUAAUGGAUAAUUUCAAGCUGCAGUUGAUGUUCCAUUUUCAGUUUUUAAAACUAAUAUAAGAUCAUACAAACAAUUUUGUUGAAAUGUUGCAUGCUCAUGUAUAUACGGGUCAGACCGUCCAAUUUAGAAUACCAAUACCAUGUCAGUAUCAUCAUUUUUUAUGCGGAAGGAGACUUACUGAAACCCAAUGAAGCAUUUGCUGUACUUUGUUUUAUUUAUUUUCUCGUUUUUUACAUUGGCACUAUCAGCUUUUUUCGAAUGAACUUCAAAAAAUAUGUAUAAUUUCUUUCUGUUGAAUUAAAUAGAAUGAGUUUUUUAAAAAAAGACGUAAGUUCUAUAGAACCUAGGAGGCAUCUACCUCUAUCUUCUCUCAAAUAAGCAGUUCAAUAAAUUUUCAACAUGAUGAAAUGUCUCAUCGAGUACUCAUACUGCAAUUUUGAAAAAGUGUGAAUUAAAUUCUAGUAGUUCUGGUUUUAAAAUUUUCUCAAACCCAUCUUGUAAUUUUAUUUUGUAAAAUACAUGUAAUCUUUCUAUCAAA